CUAAUGGACAUCUAUUAAGCUAUAAUCGAGACCUGUUUCCUACCACCUUUCCCGUAUUACCAAAGCUGAAUCUAAAAGGUUUAAAAGAGCAGAACCUGCUGCCAAAGUUCAAACCGAUUGUAAAAUCAUAAACAAAGGCCAUAAAUGAAACAGGUUGAUAACGCCUCCAGUUUAGGGAUUGGUGUUAUCACCAUGCUGCGUAGUGGAGGAAGCUGCUGCUAUCCAAAAAUCUGCUGUUACUGGAAAAGAUUUUGUAGCUGGAGCCAUUUAAACCCCUGACCCUUAAAACUGGAACCUAUAAACUAGAAAAUGACCCAUUAAAGUCUUAUUUGUAUUUAGCUGAUGAGUUCUUGACUUCAAAUUUGCUAUAAUAUCUUGAAAUGAAAAUCUAAAUUAAAGCUCAGUGGUUUGAUGUCUGAGUGUUUGUGUCACAUGCUUUUAAAAAAACAAGUCCUGGGUUGCAGUGAAAAGAGAAGUGAGAGCAGUUUUUUGAGGACGUAUGUAGGAGACAUGUUUUAAUACUUAAAAAUGAAAUAUAAUGUGAUGUUUGUUUAUAUGAAAUAUAAGUUUGGUUGUGAGUGUUUGUCAAAAAGAAAAAAACCCUGAUUUGUACAAACAAUAGAUGCGACAAUAAAACAAAUCCAGUGGCAUAAUGUCAACCUGUGUCUGAGUUACUGUUGUUUUCCUGUCUUUAAUUUACUUAAUUUAUUUCAAAUCUGACUGGAUUCAAACACAAAAACAUUAUUAUCCAUCGGAAACAGAAAAGUAUCACAAAAUGAAGAACAAUCUCAGCCACUCCCACUAAACUUUACAGGCUUAUCUCAUGAUAAGAGGUCAAUAUAUCGGCUGUAAAUAUGUAAAUUAGAACUGGACACAGUAUCAAAGUUCAUCCCAACUAUACACAAGUAAAGGAAGGCUAGAAAGGCUCAAAAUGCUCCUUUUCAUGGAGUGAAACAAAAGACUGAUAACCCCUCCUUAUCUGACUUCCUGGUUCCUGCCUCUUUCACAGAUCUGCAAGUGUAGAGAUGGGUGUAACCAACACGCUGCGUGGUGCAGGAGGCACACGCCACUCUCACUGUAGAUCAGCAUGCAAGUGUGAAAGUAAAUCAAAGGCUUGUGUGUGAUAAUUGCUGUGGUGAAAGUGAAACUUUAGAUGCUCCCUGUUGUUGAUAGGUGAAAUGGCGCAGAAGGGAAAUAAGGCAGACGGAAUGAAAUUCUGUUGUUCGAUCUGUCUGGAUCUACUGGAGGAUCCGGUGACUAUUCCCUGUGGACAUAACUACUGCAUGAGCUGCAUCGAAUCUUUCUGGGAUGACGAUAAGAAAAGAGUGCACAGCUGUCCUCAGUGCCGGGAGACUUUCAUACGGAGGCCUGCACUGGUGAAAAACACCAUGUUGGCAGAGUUAGUGGAGGAACUGGAGAAGACCGGACUCCGAGCUACUCCAGCUGAUCACUUCUACGCCCGACCUGGAGAUGUGACCUGUGAUGUCUGCAGCGAGAGGAAGCUGAAAGCCGUCAAGUCCUGUCUGAAUUGUGUGGCUUCUUACUGUGAGCAACACCUCCAGCCUCACUACGAAUCUCCUGCUUUUCAAAAACAUAAACUUGUUGACGCCACCAUUAAGCUUCAGGAGACCAUCUGCUCCGGUCACAAUGAGGUGAUGAAGAUCUUCUGCCGCACUGAUCAGCAGUGUAUCUGUUAUCUGUGCUCCAUGGAUGAACAUAAAGGCCACGACACAGUCUCAGCUGCAGCAGAAAGGACACAGAAGCAGAAGGAGCUUGAGCUGAGUCGGCAAAAAAUCCAGCAAAGGAUCCAGAACCGAGAGAAAGAUGUGAAGGUGCUUCAGCAGGAGGCGAGAGCUAUAAAUUGCUCUGCUCAUAAAGCAGUGAUGAACACCGAGAAGAUCUCCAGCGAGCUGGUCCGUCUUAUCAAGAAAACAAGCUCGGAUGUGAAGCAGCAGAUCAGAUCUCAGCAGAAAACUGAAGCGAGUCGAGUCAAAGAGCUUCGGGAGAAGCUGGAGCAGGAGAUCACUGAGCUGAAGAGGAAAGACGCCGAGCUGGAGCAGCUCUCACGCACAGAGGACCACACCCAGUUUCUUCAGGGUUACCCUUCAUCGUCACAACUUCCUGAGUCUCCAGACUCACCGAGUACAAAAAUCCAUCGUCUGUGGGACAUUGAGGAUGCGAUGGUUGCUAUGACAGCAGCCAGAGAUCGAAUACAGGCUGUUGUUAGUGAGGUCUUCAUCAAACAAUCACCGACAGACACGGACGUGGAUGUUUCGCCCACGACCAGAGCCGAGUUCUUACAAUAUUCAAGUCAAAUCACACUGGAUCCGAACACAGCGGGCACCGGGCUGAUGUUAUCUGAUGGAAACAGAAAAGUUUCAAAGACUGAAGGGCAGUUACAAUCCAGUCACCCAGAGAGAUUCACCGGUUUGUCUCAGGUGAUGAGUGAGAACGAACUGACUGGACGUCGUUACUGGGAGGUGGAGAGGAAAGGGAAGGUUUCAAUUGCGGUCGCCUACAAAAACAUUAGCAGAACAGGAAAGUUCACUGCGAGGGCAUUUGGAUACAAUAAUAAGUCUUGGGCGUUAACGUAUGACAACAGUUACACGUUCAGACAUCACGCCUCCGAUUUCAUUACAGGCUCUCAGCCCUCCAGAGUGGGAGUGUACCUGGAUCACAGCGCAGGUGUUCUGUCCUUCUACAGCGUCUCUGAAACCAUGACUCUCCUCCACAGAGUCCAGACCACCUUCACUCAGCCGCUCUAUGCUGGACUCUGGCUUCACGGCUCUGAUGGAGACGCUGCAGAGUUGUGCAAGCUCAAGUAAGAUUAAGAAAUCAACAAGGCAGAGGGUUGGGGAUCUACUGGAGCCCGGACAUUUUGGUCGCCGAGGAGAUAACAAGUUGUUGCACAAAGAGUAUGGUAGUUAAUCUUCUUAGUGGCUUUUAAAAUGGAUUAAAAAAACUACUUCAGGUGUAUGAAAAGUAAUAACAAAACAUAAUGUGAUCCAGAAAGGAAUCUUAUAUUAUAGUGAUUAAAAUGGCACAUAGAUAGAUUUAUAUAAAUUAUAUAAACGUCUGAGUUGCUAAGGUGAGGCGUGACUUCUGCGGCACUUGGACCAAGAUCACUGGAGUUUCCUUCUCGUUAGAUCUCGAACUUUAAUGUAAUGUCUCUUAUGUUUCACUCUAUGCACUGAUUCUAUUUUUUAUUUUGUUCAAUUACACUGCUCUUCAAUCAAUGAUCUGUCUUGUUAAUAUUAUCCUUCAGUUGUUGCAGUAGGUUUACAUGAUUAUUACUUGAUCAAUCAGUGCAUUAGAGCUGCAAGGAUUAGUUGAUUAAUCGAUCAACUGAAAUGUGAAGAUUUUGUUUAUCAUAUACAACAUUAAACUGAAUAUCUGGGUUUUUAUUUGCACUGUUGAGCAAAUAAAGCAAUUUGAACUGCUUGAGAUUAUAAAGGGUAUAAUGGAUAUUUUUCACUAUUUUCAUUUUAUAGAUAAAAUGAUUAAUAAAGAAAAUAAUCAGCGGAUUAAUUAAUAAUUAAUAAUGCAACAUGUCGUCCUGGUGUAUUUGAAUUACUGUUUGUAUAAUGGUGUUGGGAAAUUAAUUUAGUGUGUGGAAACAUUGUGGUAGUGAAAAUACAGUGAAUAAAAAAACAAAAAACAAACUCUGUGGCUUGUAAACCGUUAAUAUAUCUGCACCCGAUUCUCUACAUUUCUAGACUUGAUUUUAGUUUUUGAGUUUAUUAUUCAGCCAUUACAGACCUUAUAUAACUAAAUAUAAAUAAAAAUUUUGAAUUGUUGUAUGUAUUUGUGUUUUAAUAACACACUAACUCCACCUAGCAAAGUUUUUAGAAACCACAGAAAAUUACUAAAUAUAAUCUUAGUAUAAAAUAAUCAAUUAUUGCAUCUAAAAUAAAAUAAUUUAGUCAUUUUUAUGAUCAGAGUGAAUUUAAACAGCAGUUUACCAAAUGAGUUUAUCUGGGUUUUUACUAACCAUGCUGGACAGAAUGUGCAUCACUCCAUUUUACCAUUUAAUGUGUUUUUAUUAAAGUUUAUUGAGUCAGAUUUUACAGUUGUACAAAAACCAAAAAGUAAAAACCAAAGAAAAGAAUUACUGAAAUGCCUCAAAAUUUUAUUUGGAUUAAAAAGUUGGAAUGUUUGGUUAUACAUAAAAUAUCUGUUAGAAAGCGAUUUAUAAAUCUCUGUUUCUGUCGCACUCACUUUUACACACACACACACACACACACACACACACACACACACACACACACACACACACACACACACUAGUGUUA